CUCUCUCUCUCUCUCUCUCUCUCUCUCUAGAAAAUGUCGCUCUCGAAACCAGCCUUCCUCGCCCACCUCAGAAUCCUCGCGAGCCCCGCCCUCCGCCGCCCUCCUCCGCCGCCGCGCCGCUUCGUCUCCCUCCGCUCCCUCUCCUUCGCCACCCCGGAGGAGGCCGCCGCCGAGCGCCGCCGCCGCAAGCGCCGCCUCCGCAUCGAACCCCCGCUCUCCUCCCUCGGCCGGCCGUCCGCCUCCCCUCCUCCGCCUCCCACGAGGCCCCCGUCCUCCAUCCCGCAGAACCCCAACUCCCCGAAGCUCCCCGAGCCAAUCUCCGCCCUCUCCGGCAACCGCCUCAACCUGCACAACCGCAUCCUCGCCCUCGUCCGCGAGGACGACCUCGAGGAGGCCGCCCUGCUCACGCGCCACUCCAUCUACUCCAACUGCCGCCCCACGAUCUUCACCGCCAACGCCGUCCUCCACGCGCUCGUCCGCCAGUCGAAGUACUCCGAUUUCCUGUCCCUCCACAGGUUCAUCACCCAAGCUGGGCUUGCCCCCAAUGUGAUCACUUACAAUCUGCUGUUCCAGACCUACCUCGAUUGCAGAAGACCCGAUACCGCGAUGGAGCACUACAAGCAGUUCAUAAACGAUGCGCCGAUCAACCCUUCGCCGACCACUUACAGGACACUGAUCAAGGGGUUGGUGGAUAACAACAAGGUGGAGAGGGCUCUGGAGUUGAAGGAGGAAAUGGCUGUCAAGGAAUUUGCUCCGGACCCGCUUGUGUAUCAUUAUCUGAUGGUUGGGUGCGCGAAGAAUUCGGACGCUGAUGGAAUUUUCAAGCUUUAUGAGGAGUUGAAGGAGAAGUUGGGGGGUGUGAUUGAGGAUGGGGUGGUGUAUGGAGGGUUGAUGAGAGGGUACUUCUUGAGGGGAAUGGAGGAUGCUGCGAUGGAGUGUUACGAGGAAGCCGUGGGUGAGUAUUCGAAGGUGAAGAUGAGCGCUGUCGCGUAUAAUUCGGUGUUGGAUGCGUUGACAAAGAAUGGGAAGUUUGAGGAGGCGCUGAAGUUGUUCGACAGGAUGCUUGAGGAGCAUAGUCCGCCUAAGCGGUUGGCAGUUAAUCUGGGGAGCUUUAACGUGAUUGUCGAUGGGUAUUGCAAGCAAGGGAAGUUUAAGGACUCUAUUGACGUUUUCAGGAAGAUGAACGACUAUAGAUGUGGCCCAGACGUGUUAUCAUACAAUGUUUUGAUUGAACAAUUAUGUGAGGAUGGCUUGCUGGCAGAAGCCGAGGAGCUUUUUGGGGAAAUGAUUGAGAAGAAAGUCAAUCCUGAUGAAUUCACACACGUUCUGUUGAUGGAUGCCUGUUUCAAGAACGCCAGGGCUGAUGAUGCGGCGGGAUACUUUAAGAAAAUGGUGGAUUCUGGUCUGAGACCUAAUUUGGCAGUGUACAACAAGUUGGUUGAUGGGUUGGUCAAGGUUGGGAGGGUCGACGAGGCUAAGGCGUUCUAUGAUCUCAUGGUGAAGAAGCUGAAGAUGGAUGUGGAGAGCUACCAGUUCAUGAUGAAGGCGCUGAGCGAGGACGGUAAAUUGGAUGAAGUUCUUAAAAUGGUGGAUCAACUGUUGGAUGAAGAUCCAAUUAUCUUCGAUGAGGAGUUUCAGGAGUUUGUGAAGGGGGAGCUGAGGAAAGAAGGGAGAGAGGAAGAGCUGGGGAAGCUGAUGGAGGAGAAGGAGAGGCAGAAAGCUGAGGCUAAAGCUAGAGAGGCUGAGGCAGCCGAAGCGGCCAAGAGAAGCGCAAGAGCUGCGGUUGCUUCUUUACUUCCUUCAAAGUUGCUGGGUAAGAAGGAAGAAGAGAAGGAAUUGGCUAAUAAUGCCAGUGGCGAAGCCAAUGCAGCCCUAUCGGCGAAUGAGGACACUAAUGGUGGGAAAGAAGAGACUACUGAGGAAGUUGUUGCUGAGAAUGCAGCUAGCGGAGAGGUUGAUCCAGCCAGAGAAGCUCCUUUGUGCUAAUUAAGUGCUAGUGAGUAUUUCGACCAAGAAAAAGUGCUAGUGAGUAUGUGCAUUCUUUGCUUCGCUUCAGCGGAAUAGAAAAUGGAUGAAAUGUGACCUGCUUUGUCUUGCUGAACU